AAGAGCGGAGAGAGUCGGGGAGAGAGAUAAGCAAGCGAGAGAAGGCAAGGGCACUUUGGGCAAUUCACGUCACUUUCAGCCCUCUCUCCCGAAGAUCGCAUCACCUCUGUGCAGACUUACAAUUUGGAGUCUCCUUCUUUGACGAGACGGAAACUUCUGCUUAAAAGAGGUCGGAUAACGGAGAAUAAGGAAAUAUAAAAGAUACGGUGCUCGUAAAAAAGGGACGAAACCGAAGGGUCUGCACAGUAUUAUACUGGCAAAGCAAGUGUUCAGUACAAGACAUUGCAAAUUUGGACUGCCACUUCACCAGGUCACUCACGGAUUUGCUAGAGUUCAGACCGGUUUGGAUCUUUGGAAAAACAAACAAUAGCUUAUGAUUUCUUAAAAUUAAUAAACCUAAUGUAUGACCAAGAGUGCAGAACAGACAGACGGAUAUAAUCUUUGAAAGAAGAGAAGGGGGAAAGACAGUCUCAGCUAGUCCUGUUAUUUAGCAAUCGGAUCAAGGAUUGUGUGGAUUAAAUCUUAAGAAAACCAGGACAAGAUUGGCUUUGGAUGUAUUUUCUCUCUGCAUUUUCUACUUUUCGUAAAAUUUUUAUUAUCGUUACCAUUGUCCACUGUAGUUUGUGGUUUAUUUUUUUCACGUACUGUUUUAUAUUACGCUUUAAAUAUUGAAGGAACUAUUAAUGUAACGAUUUUUGAUUAUUUCCUAACAUUACCAAUACCGAUGAGUCCAGGUACUCCAGUUCGGCUGCUAUUUUUGUGUUUUUGCUUGGUUGCAUUGAAUAGUAUUACGCUAACAUAACCUACUCUAGUUUUAUUUCAGUAUUUAUCAUUGAAGAACUAAACUGAUUAGGUGCUCCUGACUUUUGUACCCCCAAUAUAAAGCUAAUGUGAACGGGGGUUACACGGAAAGCCGUGCGCCUUUUUAAUUGGAUAUUUUUUGUGGAAUUUUGGUUUAGAAAUAAAAGAGACUGGCGUAUGCUACAGAUUGCCUUUGCUGCUCCAAAUCCUACGUUUUCCGUAAUAUUAUUUCAGGCUGCUUGUCGUUGCCUGGACUCGGAUCCCGGAUUCUUCAUGAUUUGCGGACAUCAUGCUCGUUUUUUAGCCGGGAAACCCUAUUUUCGUCCCGCAUGUUCAGGACCAAACGAUCGGGGCUCGUCCGGCGACUCUGGAGGAGCCGUGCGCCCGUGGAGGGCGACGGGGAGGCGGAUACUCGAACGCAUGGAACCGGGGGCUGCUGCAUGGGGAAAUCGGCUAAGGUUUCCAAAUCUAACCGCGGAACGGAGGCUGAAUUGAAAGCAUUGACCCAUUCGAUACUGAAGAAAAUCAAAGAGAAACAAUUAGAGGCGCUUUUGCAGGCGGUGGAGUCAAAAGGGGGUGCCAGGAGCCCCUGUCUUCUCCUGCCGAGCAAAGUGGACUCCAAACUGGGUCAGCACACGUACUCCCUUCCUUUGCUGCUCUACAAAGUAUUCAGGUGGCCGGAUCUCAGGCAUUCCUCGGAAUUAAAGAGGCUAUCUUGCUGUGAAUCUUAUGGGAAAAUUAACCCAGAGCUUGUUUGCUGCAAUCCUCACCAUAUGAGCAGGCUUUGUGAAUUAGAGUCUCCCCCUCCUCCUUACUCCAGAUACCCAAUGGACUUUCUUAAACCACCUGAUUCUCCAGACUCUGUGCCUUCCUCCACUGAAACUGGGGGAACUAACUUUUUAGCCCCUGGGGGGCUCUCAGAUUCCCAGGCUCUGCAGGGGCAGGGGGAUCGUGCGCACUGGUGCGUCGUGGCGUACUGGGAGGAGAAGACCCGCGUGGGCCGCCUCUACUCGGUCCAGGAGCCUUCCCUGGAUAUCUUCUACGACCUACCUCAGGGGAACGGCUUCUGCCUCGGUCAGCUCAACUCGGACAACAAGAGCCAGCUGGUGCAGAAAGUGCGCAGCAAGAUCGGCUACGGGAUUCAGCUGACGAAAGAGAUGGACGGGGUGUGGGUGUACAACCGCAGCUGCUAUCCCAUCUUCAUCAAGUCUGCCACACUGGACAAUCCAGACUCUCGGACGUUGCUGGUUCACAAAGUAUUCCCCGGUUUCUCCAUCAAGGCCUUUGACUACGAGAAGGCCUAUAGCUUGCAAAGGCCCAACGACCACGAAUUCACACAACAGCCAUGGACCGGCUUUACUGUACAGAUCAGCUUUGUGAAGGGCUGGGGCCAGUGCUACACCAGACAGUUCAUCAGUAGCUGCCCUUGCUGGCUGGAAGUUAUUUUCAAUAACCGAUAGCAGCAGAUUUCCUACUCCGCGGAACAGGACUAAACCCCCCCCUUUGUUCGGGGUGUAAAAAGAAGAAGAAAAAAAAGAAAAAACUGAGGACUUGUUUAAUAAAUGAGUAAGAUUUAAUUAAAAAAAAACGAAAGUGUAUUUUAUGUUAUAUAUAAAUAUAUUAUUACUUGUAAAUAUGAAGACGUUUUAUAAGCAUCAUUAUUUAUGUAUUGUGCAAUGUGUUAACAAGAAAAAGAAAA